AGGUAUGUGUUUCAAAUGUGUCAUUUUUCUUAAUAAGAGCAUGUAUCUCUAAAUUAGCUUGGCCAUGAUAUCAGGUUUGUUUUGUAUCUAGAUAGCAUGUUUAGAAGACGCUAGUGUUUCAAGAACUCGAAAGGUUUAUGCGCAUGCUCAUGAUUUCAGUAUCAACUCUAUCUCUGUUAAUAGUGAUAGGGAGACAUUUCUUUCUGGAGAUGACCUGAGAAUAAAUUUGUGGAAUCUAGAAGUCAGCAAUCAGUGUUUUAAUAUCAUUGACAUGAAGCCUGUAAACAUGGAAGAUCUCAUAGAGGUGAUCACAGCAGUUGAAUUCCAUCCAUCUCACUGUAAUCUGCUGUCUUACAGCAGUUCAAGAGGUUUUAUUCGGCUAGUAGACAUGAGAAAAUCAGCUCUAUGUGAUCACAGUGCAACGAUACUGAAAGACGAGGAAUUCCAUGGGCAGAAAUGUUUCUUCACUGAGAUCAUUGCGUCAAUAACUGAUAUGAAGUUUGCAAAUGAUGGAAGUCAUAUAUUAAGCCGUGAUUUCAUGAAUCUGAAGGUCUGUUUUGAAUCCCUUGUUUCUCCAUUAUAAAUUUGGUUUUAUAAAGCUUUGUCUUCUAUGUCAGCUAUGGGAUAUGCAUAUGGACUCCGGCGAAGAAAUAAUUUAUCUGCUUUCAUUUUAGUUUUCCGUUUGAAUUUCUACCGAGUCUUCGCUGUUCGAAGCUCGACUUUCGUUACUUGCUGAAACUUGUUUAGCUAUCUAUGAAAUUUCUAUU